UUUUAUUGUUUUGAAUUUCAUGAUUGUCAAUAAUUUUCUAAAUAAUUUAGUUUUCACAUUUUUAUACCCGUGAUUAACGCUAGUAAGCGAUACAUUUAAGGUUUAAAAGGCUUACAAAAGUAUGAUUUGAAGAUAUCACGUAUUUCAAAAUGGGGAAAGACAUGGACGAAACACGAAUUGGAAAAAUUGACGACGGUGAUACAGACAUACGUAAAACCGGACAGGAAAUGGAUGUCAUUCGACAAAGAACAGUUGCCUAUGAGUAUCUAUGUCGGCUUGAGGAGGCCAAAACUUGGAUGGAGGCUUGUAUCAAAGAGAAGCUUCCACAUGCCACUGAGUUUGAGGAAAGUUUGCGUAAUGGUGUCUAUCUAGCCAAACUUGCAAACUUUAUUGCACCUGACAUGUUACCGUUGAAUAAAAUAUAUGAUAUAGAUCAGAGACGGUACAAGAUUACAGGACUACAAUUCAAACAUACUGACAACAUUAAUAAGUUUCUUCAAGUUUUGAGCAAAACAGAACUGCCUGUUACUUUCCAACCAGAAACGACUGAUAUUUAUGACAAAAAGAACAUGCCUAGAGUUAUUUACUGCAUCCAUGCUCUCAGCUCUCAUCUGUUCAAGAUAGGCAAGGCGCCACUCAUCCAUGACGUGUUUGGUAAAGCUGUCUUUACAGAUGAGCAGUUAGAUUCUGUGUCAAAGGACCUAGAAAAAUGUGAACACCCACUGCCAAUGUUUCAAAAAAUUGGGGGCAUUCUAUCAAAGAAUAAUGUUCGUGACUGUAAAGCUUUAGAUAAAGCUAUCCAUGAAUUGAAUAAUUUAUUGGAUUCUGAAAAGUCCAUAACAUCAGCAUUACUGAAUCCCCAACUGCAGCUGAAACAUAUUCAGAAUAAACUCAUGAGUGAAUAUAAAAAGUCACUGCAAGCAGCUAAGCAAGAAAAAGUUCAAGCAGCCAAUAAUCGCUCCCUUAACGAUAGUUAUGUGCCAGAUGACUAUGAUGAAUUGCUAACAGUUGUGGAAAUCCAAGGACACAUAACUGCUACUAAUUAUAAAUUCCUAUGGCAUAAUCUCACCAAGGCAUGCCUCAAAAAUGAUGUGAACAGCAUACAUAAAAUGUUCAAUGAAGACUGGGUAAAAUUAAAAGAUUACAACAGCCAAAACCUUGACUUCUACUGUGAUGUUGUAAAGGAAAUAGUUGAACACAACAAAGAUGUGGAUGUAGACAGCAUAGUCAACUGGCAUAAAAUAUUUCAGAACAUAAUAAACGAGGGUAACAGAAAAUCUCUGGAACACAUAGACCAUAAGCACGCAAUAGCUGCUGUAAACAAAGCACUUGACGAUGGGAAUCCUGAACAGCUAUACAAAGCACUGAACAGUCGCAAUUUAGAGUUGAACAUCAAAGUGGAUAGAUACGCCAUUCCUCUUUUGUUUGAGGAGAUGAAGCUGGAGAAGUACGAAUUGGAGAAGAAUCUAAACGAGAAUGAGAUAGCGAGUUCAGUAGCUUACUUGUCUGCGCUGGCGGCGGUGUCGGCGGCGCUGGAGCGCGGGGACGAGGGCGCCGUGUGGCACGCGCUCACGGCCAGGAAGGUGGGCCUGGAGGGGCUGCGCGCGCACUGCCGCCGCCGCUACUUCUCCGCGCUGCUGAAUGCGCUGCAGGCCAAGACGCGCGAGCAGUGCCUGUGUCCGCUGCUCACACAAGAGGAUAUUAGGGACACUAUCGACAUGGUCAACAUGAAGGAUGAUGACAAUGAAGAGAUGGUUGAAAUAAUCGGAAAUAUAAAUAAGGCUGUGUAUGAAGAAGACAUAAAGACUUUAGUGGCCCUUCUAAAAAGCCCCUGCCUUAAACUUCAAUCGUCUUUGCAUAAGGAGGAAUACCCAUUGUAUUUACGAAUGCUAAAGAAGAAGCUUGUAACGAAGGAAUCACAGAAUCUGUGGCUUGAUGACGUCAUUGAAACUAUUAACGAUGUUAAUUCUGAAUCUCGAAAGGUAAAAGAGCUGACCGACGGAUUGGUUCAGUUAAACCUUUCAUUGGUCAAAAAUGAUUCUGACGAAUUCUGGACGGCGAUGACUAGUCCUAUGUUUGGUUUCGGUGAUGCAGAAGAUUGUUGCAAGGACAUUUAUUUCCAAAUGUUCACCAAAGCUUUGAAAAAGAAGGGUCAUAAUAUUUGCCCCUGGAUUGUCUGCCACACGGAUGCCGGCAACACUGUUUAUAUCGACGUAGAAUCCUUUACCUACAGCUGGACUACGCCGAAAGACUUUGUUCCUUAUUCCCGGUAUUUAUCAAGAAAAGAUGUCUGCGUUAUAAUUGAUAUGACUAAUAAGCACCACAUUAACAAGCACAAACAAAAGGUGAUCGAGAAGUCAAUCACGGCUUUACAAGCCCAUUGCAGGGGAUAUCUGCUGAGACAAACACUGUCAGAAAGAUUGAAUUUCUUCAAGCAUAACGUUAGAUAUGUCAUCAAAAUUCAGGCUUGGUGGAGGAAGAUGUUGAUCCAACGCAAAUAUGGCGCUCUCAUUAAAAUGAAAGCUAUUGAAUCGAGAUUGCGUUUGCAGAAAAAGAAAAACCCAUGGGCAUGGUAUAAGAGUCAGGAACACAAAAUAGCCAAGAUCCAAGCGUUGUGGCGCGGCAGGAAAGCGCGGGAGGCGUUCACGUCGCUAUUCCACUCAGAAAAUCCGCCUUUCAAAGUUGUAAGGACUUUCGUCCCUAUGCUCGACUUUUCCACGGAAGAUUACGAUCGCGAAAUCGAACUACAAUCCCUAAAAUCUGAUGUGGUCCACUCAAUAAGGAAAAAUCAAGAGUUAUCGAAACAAAUUGAUGACAUGGAUUUGAAGAUCGGCCUUUUGGUCCAAAAUAGGAUAGCACUUCAAGAAGUAGCAGCUCAUGGUCUAAGGUUAAACGACCUGGUGAAACACAGUUCAAUGAGUAACAUUGUCGUUCAGAAAAGUUCAGACGGUAAAGGGUCCUUAUUGACAGUCACCACAGCAGUCAAAGGGUUGAAAUCUUUGACGAAAGAAUGUAAAAGACUACUGGACGGCUACCAGCAUCUGUUUUACGAGUUACAAACGAAUCCAACGUAUUUGUCGAAGCUUCUCUUCUGUAUCCCACAGAAUAAGACGAACCAGUUUUUACAGAACGUUGUCCUGAGUUUGUACAACUUCGGAGCUUAUCCCCGGGACGAAUACCUGCUGCUGAAACUUUUCAGGUUCACAUUAGAAGAGGAGAUCAGUUGCAAAGUUGAGAAACCAUUCGAUAUAAUCGCGGCGACUCCGCUAGUGUUGAAGAUGGCGGUGAGUUUAUCCCGGCAGCUGUCGGGCCUCAACAGUCUGCAGACCAUCAUUGGACCGAUCGUCGAAAAUAUGCUGAAAGAUAAAGACUUGAAUAUUGAAACUGGACCAGUCGAAAUCUAUAAGGCUUGGAGGAACGAAACUGAGAUGAAAACUGGAAAAAUAUCAAAACUACCUUACUCUGUUACCCAAGAGGAAGCCCUCGCUUUCCCAGAGGUGAAAUCCAGACUCGAGAAAGCGUUGACUCAACUCAAGUCUAUCGUCAUAAUGUUCUUGGAGAAAAUAACAAAUUCGACGGAACUUCUACCAUUCUGCAUCACAUACAUGUCUCGAGUCUUGCACAGAUCACUUACUUCGAAAUUCCCGCAUACGCCUGAGAAGGAUAUUCUUAAGGUGGUAGGAAACCUGGUUUACUAUCAGUUCUUGAACGCGGCGAUAGUGGCGCCCGACGCGUUCCACAUCAUCAACAUGCCCAACGGCACGGGGCUCACCACGGACCAGAGGAAGAACCUGGCUUCCGUCGCCAAGAUAUUGCAUUUCUCUGCUGCCAAGAAAGGGUUCGGCGAGGAGUCCCGCCACCUGCGCUGCCUGAACCCGUUCAUCAUCGACUGCCACGAGCGAAUGAAGCAGCUGUUCCGCCGCUGCUGCCGCGGGCCCACGCUCGAGGAGUACUUCUCCGUGGACGAGUAUACCGAGGCCACGCUCAUACACCACCCGCAUAUUUAUAUCACUGUUCAGGAAAUCGUGGACACUCACGCUCUCCUGAUAGAGUACCAGGACAUCAUAGCGCCGAACCAAGAGGACAGACUCAACGAGUUGCUGGACGACCUGGGAGAUGUGCCGUCUGUCGCGCAGCUCGCCUCACGGGACGUUAAUAUGGCAGGAGAUUGUACUGAGGAAAACGCUCGACUGGAAGUGUGCCUGGCGCUUGUCAACAAGUUCCAAGCACCAGAGGAUGACAUGACAGAUCUAAACAAACUGUUCAUCAAAACAAAAGAGCUUUGCGUCGCAGUCAUCCCCUUCUUGAACGGCGAACAUUUGCUUGAGGCGCUGUGCAUCGGAACAACCAGCGAACAACAAGAUCAAUAUGCGCGGAAAGUCCAAAGGAGAAUUUACUCGGGACGAGCCAAGCCAGACGAAGCGAUGACCCUGCGGGAGCAUAUUGUUAAAUUACGUCGCAACCUUCAGAUGUUAGAAGAGGAGGGCUAUGUCACCCGUGAGGACGGUUACCAGGCACUUGUGACCUCGAUAGCCCUCGAUCUAUGUAACAAGGGCAAGUACAGGCAAGCGCAGAGGCGCGCUCUGUCCACCUUGACGAGAACUAAACAGAGUUUACAGGAGAAAACCAAGUACUACGAAGAGAAGAUACAGUCGUAUGACCAGUACAUUAAGUCAUGUCUUGCGAAUUUGCAUGCUGGGAAAAGGAGUGUCCACGCUUGCCUGCGGAGAUCCGGCAAAGACAUGCAGAAGUUGAAGUCUAAGUUGACAGUUAAAUACACGGGUGCUAAAUUGAUGGAGAGAGGCGUGCUUCUCGAAAUAGACGGACUUUCCCAAUCUCAGUUCAAGAACGUGAUGUUCGAUAUCACACCUACAGACCAUAACGGCGUUUUCACAAUAAAGGGGAAGUUUAUGGGCGUCGAGAUGGAGUCGGUAGACGUUGACAUUCAAGAUCUACUGCAGAAACAAUAUGAAGGAUGCGCUGUAAUGGACAUGUUUGGUAAAGCCAAAAUCAAUGUCAACUUGUUAAUAUUUUUACUAAAUAGUAAGUUUUAUGGCAAGGCUUAGAUGGUAAUUCUUGUCAGAAAGCAACCAGAAUGAAAACUCAUAAUCUGAAAGGUAUUCUCUACAAUUAAUUAUUAAGGUAAGACAUAUUUUUAAGUUAAUUAUGUUGCACCACCUGUAUGUAUCUCGCCUGUAAUGCAUUGAUAAUACUCCAUGUUUAUUUAAGUUAUUGUUUUGUUAAACAUUUAUUUAUUUUUGACAUGCGGACUAUUUCUGGUUCACGCUUAUUUAAAUUACUGCUAGACAUAAUUUCGUACAGGUACAUGUAUAAUGUAUACCCGAAAUAUUAUUGAGUAUAAUAAUUAUGAUAAUGUAAUGGUUUCGUGAUUAAUUGAUUCAUAUUUUUUUAUUAAAAAUGCAUUGGAGUUCAAAUGCAUAGUAAAUUUCAUUAAAUGAUAACAGAUAAAAGUGUUAUUUCAACCAAAGAAAAAUUUAAUGUCACAAAUCCUACUUUGUAAUACCUACAUUAUGGAUGUUUUGCAGCACUCACAACCAAAUAUUUAUUUACUAUUUCAUUGGUACCUGUUUUAUAUUUCCUAGAAACUUUUGUACUAUGUAUUACUAUGUAUUUUAGAAACUUAAGUUAUUUUAAAUGACCCUAUGAAUUACAUUUACUAUUUCAAUUCCUUUUUACAAAUGUUACGUUAUGAUCACACUAAGUAUAUUUCCUGCAGUAUUUCUAUUAGAUUAAACGAGGCUAUUUUAUAUGUC